AUGGACGAUCAGCGAGCAAUUGAAGAAAAUGAGCAGGAUGAAGCCACCACUUCGCAACAGCGGGAUUCGCGAGAAGCUGAUUUGAUCUACUUCCUUCCUGAAGGAGUUCAGAUAUUCACGAUUGACGGCGAUGAGACAACUGCUCCAUCGGAGCCGACCUCUUUACAAAUAUUGAUGCUGAAUUCUAAUGAGCAACAAAUUGAAGCAUUCAUUCAAGUGGGUCCUUGGGUGUAUCCGUUGAUGAAGGAGAAGACACCAAUUCUGAAGAAUGAAUUUGGAGCCUAUGUGAUGCCGAAUCCAACUCCAGAUAGGCCAAACAUGAUGAUAGCCAUACUGAUAUCUCAAGACGUCGAACUUCGACUAAUCGAAGAGCUGGAACUGGUUUUAAGAGAAUACGCGGAUCUUCGAAUUCAAGAAGAGCCUUGCAAAGAAUUGACGAAGGAGGAAAAAUCGAGAAUAAGCCGAAAAAUAUCGCAAUUUUUAAUACAUGGCGGUCAGAAAAUCGCGUGGGGGAUUGAGAAAGGUACAACAAAAGCCGCAAUGAAGGUCCAAAAUAAGGGAGAACGGUAUCGAAGUAAGCGAGAGGCUACGGAAAAUCCGGUUCACGUGUCUCCUGUGGUUAAAGAAGGGGUCGUUUAUAUGCAUAAGGGGACAAAAACAGUGGCAAAAUGCACCAAAUUCGUAUUGGAUAAAAUUGGUGCUGUUGGUGCAUUCGUUGGAGACAAACUGGCUUCUGGCGCACAGAAGACAUUCAAGGAUGGCAAAUCGGGAAGAUUCGUGUCAGGAACCAUCGAUGUUCUUGGCGGUGGAUUGACAGGGCUGGGAAUUGUAUUUAUGUCGCUGGAAAAGGGCGGAAGGACGCUGGGAAGAAGCAUAGCCAACGAGACUGUGCAGAGUGUCAAACUCAAGUAUGGAGAUGAAGCUUCCGAGACCGCACAGCACGCCUUGUUAUCGGCUGGAAAUGGAUUGUUGGCCGGUGUGCAGAUAAUCCAGUUGGGACCGCAUCAUAUUCCGACGCGGGUAGCGAGAACCGCCGGAAUUCAAAUGGUCAGCGAUUUGUACAAAGAGCAGAAGAAGGCCGAAAUUCUCGAAAAACAAAACGAGAUCGCAAAAUAA